AUGCGACGACCUGGAGAAGCACUACGGAAUAACGCCCGGGCCAAGCGGCAAAUCGUGGAUGAUGAUGAUGACGAUGACGAGUACCCUCCCGUUAAGGGCGAGCAGGGCAACGACGGCAUGGGAGGUGGAGACCAAGACUAUGAUUACGGAGAUGACAACGACGACGACGAGGAAGAAGACUCCAAGGAGAAUGUCGGCCGAGCCAAGCGGGAACGUGACGUGAAUGGAGACGGCGGAGGAGUCAUUCAUGAUCGAGCCACAAAGGAGCUCAUCAGAUACAUGGUAGGAGCUCAUUCUCAGGGCAGGAUCAUCACCCGAGAGAAGUUGGAGGGUCUGAUGAUCAAUGUCAAGCUGUUUGACGAGAAGGAGAGCCGAAAGGGCCAAAAGCUGAGCGCGGCGCUGGAAAAGUGCGUUCCGUACUUGAGAAACGUAUUUGGAUACAGUAUUGUGCGGUUCGACAAGACCUUUCUGUUGGACCCUGCUGUUGUUGAUUUCAAGGACAAAGAAUUCGUGCUGCAGACAUGUCUUCCUCCCGUGUAUAACGAAGCCAACGGUAGCGACUACGCACGUGCCCCUGUUUCUGAUGAGGUUAUGAUGGCCUAUGUUGUGGCAUGUCUUGCAGGUCUGGUGGUCAAUAUGGGGGUGGCUGACUACCCCGUCUUGAGUCAGUACGUAACUUCUGUGGGGCUGGGCCAGUGUUUACACAAGGGCAAGCUCAAGGGUGCCGAUGAGAUGAUUGGACUGUUGUGCAAAAACGACUAUCUCAACCUCUUCCCUAUAGGUGGUGCCGCCCUGCCCAUGGCCAAGAAGGAGGUGGGCGCGGCCAAGCCCUCUGCCAAGAACGUGGUCAUCAAGGACUGCAAGGAUCUGGGUCUGGGCCAUCGCGAUCCAGAGAAGGCUGAGAUUGCCCUGGGGCCAAAAAUGUACUACGAGUUCAACACCCUGGCGGUGCUCUCGGUGUUCGAGACAAUCAACGGUGAACCCGUAAAGGGCGGUCUGGAAAAGAAGAUCAAGCGUUGCUGUUUUGGCGGUCCUGCACUAGAAGAGCAGGAGGGCGCCGAAGGCGCGGAAGAGGAGGUGGAACAGUUUUCUGAACAGUGA